AUGCCAAAAUAUUAUUGUGAUUAUUGUGAUACGUAUUUAACACAUGAUUCACCGAGUGUACGAAAAACUCAUUGUCAGGGUCGUAAACAUAAGGACAAUGUUAAAUAUUUUUAUCAAAAAUGGAUGGAAGAACAAGCACAACAUUUAAUUGAUGCAACAACAGCAGCAUUCAAAGCUGGAAAAAUUGCUUCUAAUCCUUUUGCAGCAAAUAAAGGAGCAGCAAUUCCACCACCUCCAAAUCUUGGUCCACGACCUGGGGUACCACCACAGGGUCCACCAGGUAUGAUGCCACCUCCAGGCAUGCAUCCUGGUGGUCCAAUGGGUCCUGGAGGUCCAAUGAUGAUGGGACCACAUGGACCAAUGCCACCUAUGAUGGGUAUGAGACCACCUAUGAUGGGACCUAUGGGACCAAUGGGACCAAUGAUGGGUCCUAUGGGACCUAUGGGUCCAAUGAGGCCUCCAAUGAAUGGACCACCACCACCUAUGGGAGGACCUCCACCGAUGAAGAAAUAAUGAAGAAGAUAUAUAAUUUUAACUCUUAUUUUAAUUAUAUUAGUAUAAAUAAUUCAUCAAUUCAUUAUAUAUAUUAAACAGCAUGAUAUUAACAUGUGUAUGUACAUAUGAUUCAUUAAAAAUUUGAAUUCCUUUCCAUAAUACGUAAUAUAUUUUUGGAACAUUAAGAUACAGAAGAUAUUAAUUCCAAAAACUAAAAAUAAAAUUAAAUAUAAAUAUAAUAUUAGCAUUAUUUUUAUAAUUAAUAUAAUAAUUCAUUAUAUAUAUUAAAUAGCAUUAAAGCGUUCUAUUAUAAUAUAAUUAUAGGAUAAGGAAUAUAAAAUACAUAUUUAUCUAAACAAAAUUUUUUUAUUUACAAAAAAAAAUAGACAAAGAUAUAAUUUAUAUGUACUAAAGUUUUUUAUCUUAAUAUUUUAAAAUAUUAAAUUAUUCUAAAUAAAAACUAAUAUUAUAAAUGUAUUAUAAUUGAGAUUAUUAUUACUGUCAAUUAAUAAUAAAUUCUUAAAAUUUAUAUUUA